AUGAAACCUGAUAAAAAAAAACAAUUACCACUCUAAAACCCUAAAAACACAACCAAAAUUUCAAAAAAAUAAGUUGCUUAAAAACUACCUGAUGAUAUGGUAUCAAUUAAAUUUUUAGAUUAGGAAUCUGAAAUUAGAGAGAGAUUCUUUUAAUUUUUAUGAUCUUUAAAAAUCAGGUUAUAUAAAUCGUAAUAAUUUAAGAUCAAUUCUUGGUAAUUUUGCUUUUAUUAAUAAAACCAUAAAGGAUAUAGAAAAUGAAAUUCAUGAUAUUUACAAUGCGUAUUACUUAAUUUUAAUUGAAUUUUACAUUUAGAUCGAAAAGAUAGCUUUUCAUUAAAAGAGUUGAUGCAUCUUAUCUCAAGAAGAUGGUUCGAAAAUAAAGGCAGAGAUGAGGAUAUAGACGAAAUUUAUGAAUUAUUCGUUAAAAAGUAAAUUCCAUAUUAAUUAAAAAGAGAUCACAAAAUUGGAUUAAAUGAAAUUAAAAAUGUAUUUUCUUAAUAUCUUGAUCUUACGAUUAGUGACUCAGACAUACUUGAAUUCAUCUCUGAUGCUAGCAAGGGAGAAGAUACUUUAACUAAAGAGGAUUUAGCAACCAAAAUGAAUUACUUUUGA